UUGUUAAAAAAAGAAAUAUUUCAUUGAUCAGUUAUCAGAAUUGUUACCAGUUGAUUUUCUGCUGAUCAAAAGAUCCGUGUCUCAGCUGUAACAUAUUCCUGCCAACUUAUCACUGUUCAGAAGGAGCAAGAUUUAACAUCUGAUUACUUUUAAUACAAAAGAAAAAGUAGUACCACUGACAAUACUGUUGAAAUGAUCAUCUUUGUUAACUGACAUAAGCUAUUUCUUUUACUUUCCUGAACUGUUUACUCUCAAGUUUUUUUUUAUUCAAGCUGUUUUCUUUAGUUAAUCAUUUGCUCUCUUAAAAAUAAACUGCAUCACGCUAAUAUUAAUAGGACACAUUGUUACCAUGGACCAUAAACCUUCAAAAACGUAAACAUUUCACAUACUUUCAUCUAGUAGCAGAAGUAUUCAGAUCAUUUACUUAAGUAAAAGUAAAGUAAGUAACAGAUUCACAAUAUUAAAAUACAUCUGUACAAGUAAAUGACUUGCAAUCAAAAUUUUCAAAAGUAAAAGUAGGCUACUCAUGCAGUGCAGAGUUUGUUACAGCUACUGUUAAGUUAUUGUCUCAUUAUUAAUGAUGCAUUAACAUGUAAGUGGUAACUAAUGUUUCUGUUGCUUAAGGUGAAUCUAAUUUUAGCUGUGUCUAUACUGUUGAGGGAUUUAAAGUUAAUAAUGUAUCAUAUUUUAUAAACUGUUUAUUUAUUAUUAUCUCUUAAUCUGAGAAGUAACUAACCAACUAUAGCAUGUUGAAUAUGUGUCUGGAUAAAAAUAAAAUAGAAGUACCUACACAGAGGCAUAAAGCGGAAAUAUUCAAGUACAACUAUCUCGAAACAGUGGAACAGUGAAAGUGAAUGGGGGCCCCUUCGUGGACCCUUUGGAGGACCCCUGGCCUCAUAAAGGAAGCAUUACCAGCAGUAAGUCUUUGGCACAGUCCGGACUGUGUAAUACUCGGCUCUGCCAGCAGGUGUCGCUGCGGGCUAUGCAGAAACCUAGUGGAGAAGAGACGGGGCCUGGCCUGGGAAUUUGCUGCUCGCUUCCCAUUCUUCCUAUGCAGACAGACACACAACAUGGCGGACUAGAAUAGUCGACCGACGCGCCCGGAUACAGCGGAUAAACCGUGGGAUUUAAUCUCCAGGAAGGCGAAGAAAGUACCCUCCGAAGGGACGAUCGUGCUUCCCUCCUCUGCUAUCACCCAGGUCCCCCCACCCCGCUCACACUCUCGGUUCCUGGGGUGUGGAGACUGGGGCCGGGGUUGAAAAACGUGGAAGCGAAAGAGAGGAUAAAUUCCUGGUUGGCUUUGAUUUUUGUAUCCCUCCUCCGGGUUUUCUUCGGGUGCUACAGGAGUUGUGGGCCACGGCGUGCGAAUGAGUGAUUGAUGCCAACUUCCCUUCUUCAGGGCAGAAUGGGUGUGUGUCCCCUGCUCCUGCUGCUCAGUCUAGCCCUCGGGGCCUCCGCCCAGGAUCAUGCCCCCAUCACAAGUCCUCCAAAUAUCACUGCUAAACCCACAGACCCUCCCGCUGCACCCUCCCUCAACUUUACAGUCGCACCCACACCAGCCCUCCCAGGCCCACCCACAACGCUCGCCCCUGCAGUUAUCCCGGUGAUGACAACAACAACAACAACGACCACCACCACUACAAGCCCAGCUGGUGAUAAGGACGUACAAGCUGUGGGUUCCAAUGGCACCACAAAAGUUUUGCCAGUUCCUCCACCCCCACCUCAAGCUCCAACUGAUGCCCCUCAGGCACCACCGAGCACUGAGUCUCACCCUCCUCCCACCCCAGCAGGGGGAGACAACAGGACCACAGCCUCAACUCCAGACACCCCAACAACAGAGAGUUAUGCUGAUAAGGAUAUAUUCAGCUUAGAGACAGAGACCAGCACAGAACCCGGAAAGGAGUUCACCUCAGACUCCAUCCCACAUGACGAGCCCCCGUCUGAUGAAAUGCCAAUCAUAGCAGUGAUGGUGGCCCUGUCCUCCCUGCUGGUCAUCAUCUUCAUCAUCAUCAUCCUCUACAUGCUCAGGUUUAAGAAGUACAAGCAGGCAGGAAGCCAUUCAAACUCCUUUAGACUGACCAACGGCAGAUCGGAUGAUACAGAACUCCAGAGUGUCCCACUAUUGGCCCGUUCACCCAGCACAAACAGGAAGUACCCGCCCCUUCCUGUUGACAAGCUAGAGGAAGAAAUGAACCGUCGCAUGGCUGAUGACAACAAACUCUUCAGGGAGGAGUUUAAUGCGCUGCCAGUCUGCCCCAUACAGGCAUCAUGUGACGCUGCCUCCAAGGAGGAGAAUAAAGAAAAGAACAGAUAUGUCAACAUCCUGCCAUAUGAUCACUCCAGGGUGCAUCUCUCAUCUCUGGAGGGAGUCCCUGACUCUGACUUCAUCAACGCCUCCUUUAUAAAUGGUUACCAAGAGAAGAAUAAGUUUAUUGCAGCUCAAGGGCCAAAGGAGGAAACAGUAAAUGACUUCUGGCGAAUGAUCUGGGAGCAGAACACAGCUACCAUUGUCAUGGUGACCAAUCUGAAGGAGAGAAAAGAGUGUAAGUGUGCGCAGUACUGGCCGGACCAGGGCUGCUGGACAUACGGGAACAUCCGAGUAUCUGUAGAAGACACAAUGGUUCUGGUGGACUACACCAUCCGCAAGUUUUGCAUCCAGCAGGUGGGAGAUGUGUCUGGGAAGAAGCCUCAGAGGCUCGUCACCCAGUUCCACUUCACCAGCUGGCCAGAUUUUGGGGUGCCCUUUACCCCUAUUGGCAUGUUGAAGUUCCUCAAGAAAGUCAAGACCUGCAACCCCCAGUAUGCCGGGCCCAUUGUGGUCCAUUGUAGUGCGGGUGUGGGGAGGACAGGUACAUUCAUUGUGAUCGAUGCCAUGUUGGACAUGAUGAUCGCUGAGAGGAAGGUGGAUGUGUUUGGCUUCGUCACCAGGAUCAGAGCCCAGCGCUGUCAGAUGGUCCAGACUGAUAUGCAGUAUGUGUUCAUCUUCCAGGCGUUGUUAGAGCACUACCUUUACGGAGACACAGAGCUAGAGGUGACCUCUCUGGAGUCCCACCUGGCCAAACUCUACACCCCCUCACCUGGAGCUGGCUGCAGUGGCCUGGAGGCUGAAUUCAAGAAAUUGACAUCCAUCAAGAUCCAGAAUGACAAGAUGAGAACAGGCAACCUGCCCGCCAACAUGAAGAAGAACAGAGUCCUACAGAUCAUUCCAUAUGAGUUCAACAGAGUGAUCAUUCCCGUCAAACGAGGAGAGGAGAACACUGACUACGUCAAUGCCUCUUUCAUUGAUGGCUACCGCCAGAAGGACUCGUACAUGGCGAGCCAGGGCCCCCUGCAGCACACCAUAGAGGACUUCUGGAGGAUGAUCUGGGAGUGGAGAAGCUGCUCCAUAGUCAUGCUCACUGAGCUGGAGGAGAGAGGCCAGGAAAAGUGUGCUCAGUAUUGGCCCAGUGAUGGAGUGGUGGUCUACGGGGACAUCUCCAUCGAGAUUAAAAGGGAGGAGGAGAGUGAGAGCUACACAGUGCGUGACCUCCUGGUCACCAACAACAGGGAGAACAAGGCUCGAGCGGUGCGUCAGUUCCAUUUCCACGGCUGGCCAGAGGUGGGUAUCCCCACUGAUGGGAAAGGCAUGAUCAAUAUAAUCGCUGCGGUGCAGAAACAACAGCAGCAGUCUGGCAACCACCCCAUCACUGUACACUGCAGUGCUGGCGCUGGCCGGACAGGGACUUUCUGUGCGUUGAGUACAGUGCUGGAAAGGGUGAAGGCAGAGGGCAUCCUGGAUGUCUUCCAGACUGUCAAGAGCCUCAGACUGCAGAGACCCCACAUGGUGCAGACACUGGAACAGUACGAGUUCUGCUACAAAGUGGUCCAGGAGUAUAUCGAUGCCUUUUCUGACUACGCCAACUUCAAGUAGGGACCCGCCAUGGAUGGAUUGAUAGGUGGAUGUCAGCAUACACUUGAUACAAGCACGCACCAGAUCCUACACACACAUACAUUACCAUGCAGAAACUUGCAUAUUCCCAUCUGGUGGAUUAAGAAAAUAAAUAAAAAGGACUCAUCACAACUUGAUCUGUGGAUGGGAUGAACUGCCCGAAAGGAAAAGGGAACAGACAUCUCGGCCCGGAGGACAGGGCAGUGCAGUCGGACAGAGAAAAUAACGGAGAUGCCUUCUUGAAUAUUUUGUAAUAUUGGUCUUGUUAAUACAGCCCUUCAACCCUAUUUCCUUCUCAUCUCUCCCCCAUAUGUAUAUAUACUUACUGUGUUGCAUCUUAUUACUUUGGUUUCAGACACAGUUUUGAGUUUGGCUGCAUUUUCGGGUGGCACCUGUAAUGUAUUUUAUUGGUAUAUAUAUAAAUAUAUAAAUAUAUAUGAAUAUGAAUCUAAUGCUUUUGAGGCUAAUGUUAAAAAAAAUCCAGAGUCAAGGUAAUGAUGUUUGGAUUUUUUUUUUUUUUUUUUUUUUAACUCUAUAGGGACAGAGGCAGAGACUAAGGACAUUUUUGGCCUUGCCUGAGCCAAGCUGUAGCGAUGUGUGCGGUAGCAGAAUCCAGGAGUUUCUACAUUUACAGACAAAACCUGGAUUGUUUUCACUCCCAGACAUUAAUACACAUAUAUACACACACACACACACACACACACACACACACACACACACACACACACACACACAGUCAGAGCCAUUUUUCUCACACAGAAUUGGGUGCAUCAACUUGGAAAAAACUUUUUUCAAUCCAUGUACAAGUGAUAACAAUUGGAGAUCAGAAUCUCUGUGACGUAGCUCAAAGUCUCAGGUUGACACACAUGCACAUACACAUGAACACACACACUUCAAACCAGGAGCAUUCAUUCUUUUUGAGCGUCUGUAUGUGUUUGUUUGAGUUGGAGCAUAAGCUGGCAGAGAGGACACGGUGUAUUUUCACAUUACUGUCCUCUAUCCACUGAGUGCCAAAGUCCUUCACUCACUUUGUUUUGCAGCUCUGGAGUCUGAGGGACUCUACCAACCAUGUUCGGCCAUUCAGUACAAGAAAGCUAUUUUACUGUCCAAGGAUCACCAACCAACACAUUCCUGGACUAUAACAGGAAUUUGGGAAAGUAGAAAAUCUAGAUUAUUUUCUGCCCCGUACAGUAAAGAAAUAUAAGGGGUUGGGAGAAUUGGUCAACCUUUGAAAUGAUUUAGAUUUGACUUUAAGCUCAGUUACAGUAUCGGCAGCAAUUUUGAUCAUGUUGAAAAGCCAAAUCUCAAAACAACAAUCACAAGUAAUGCCAUUAUUGCAUCAUACAAAUCAACAAAUGUUAUAUACCCAGCAUAUUUCUUUUUCUUGUUUACAGACGCACGUCAGUAUUUCUUGUAGACUGUUUUGAUACAUUUCUUUUCUGGCUUCCUUUGAGUCUGUCUGAAUUAACUGUCAUUUCUUUUUUUUUUUUCUUUUUUUUGUCAGCCUCACAUCACGGCGCUGUACUGUCACUGUUUUAAAGAAUGAUUUGCUUCCGUUUCCCAUCGUGAACACUGAUGCCGAAGAAUGUUUCCUUUUAUUCAAAUGCUGUUGCUAACAUAUUCCUCAAGGAUGGAUGCAUUGUUACUUUUAAUAGUGGAGGUGUGCCAUGCGAUGUUUGCAAUGAUUUCUUUUUUUUUUUUUUUUUUUAAACAGCUGUCUUGUGAGGACACUCAGGCUUGAACUACAGUGUUUUUGUUAAGAUGAGGUCACAAUUGAGGCCAUGCCCUUUAUGAUUGUAAUGAAAGAUGAAUGAUGUCAGUUAAACGCGGGGCUUCAGGUCAGUCCUAAUUUCAACUCGGUCAGCUCAGGAAAUGACUGAUGCCAGGAUUGUUUAAAUUUAUAAAUUGAACAAAUUGAGCUUGAGUUCACCUCCAAAGCUGACCCACGGUCAAGUGGUUUUAACUCACACCGGAGGGGUAUUCAGAUAUCAGAUACCCAGAUUUUAAUGCCAUGAUAUUAAAAAAUAUAUUUCUUUUAGGAGUUUUAAAGCUAUUUCAGUCUUUUUUUUUUUUUGUAAUGUGGGUUUUAACUGAGCAAAACUCAUACAUACUUGUACAUGAUUUACAUCACACUCACACACAAACAGACUAAAUUACACUAACACUCCUGUUUCUUUAAUUAAAGGAAGGAGCACAAUCAAAUUUUGAUUUAUUGAUAACGGACGUCAUUAAAAGUACACGCUGAAUUUUUAGGCAGCGAGGUUGCGUCAAUGCGGAUCAUUUGAACACUCAUGCACUAUUUGCACCAAAAGCAAAGCCCUUAAAUGUACAGAACCAAAUGAGAGAUAAGGUCAGAAAGAUGAUUUGGCCUUGAUAUUGGAAUAUGGGAACUAUAUUUGAACUCUUGAAGCUCUUUCAGGUCUCAAAGCCCCCGGUUAAGCCUUCUGUAAGGCCCCGCAGGGACAGUAGCAGAUAUUACAAUUGACCAGUCACUGAAAUUUUUGUCUGUUUGUGCAUCAUCAUCUUCAUUUCAGGUCUUGUUUCAUUCCAAAGCAUCACAAGUGCCCGCACUAUUAGUUAGGUGCCAUUUUGUUCAUCAUUUAUUUAGUUUGUCACUUACUGGAUCUUGAAUUAGUGGAGCAAGGGUUUCUGUUUUGUUCGGCUGUUCUAUCUGUGCUUAAAUUACAUGGGUUUAUUGUGUGUGUUUGGAUCACGUGAUAACUGUCUUUCUGCAGUUUGACAACAAAACAUUACACUGUGCCAACCUUUGAGACCCACUAUUGUGCGAUUACAGUGAACUAAAAAAAAAAAAAGAGAAAAAGAAAAAAAAAGUGCCUCACUAACAGGUUUUCAAAAGAAAUGAAUUUUCUCAACUUUACCUACAAUAUGUGGUGGAGCCAUCACCGUGCUCAAGGCUGUCCUUUGGAUUUUCCCAACUUGCAUGUACUUCCCAACCCUCACCUGCAGACCAGUGACAAACCUCUUUGAGGAAUCAAUAGGGCCAAAACAAGACUGGGUCAGUCGUCCUUCCUCUCACAUUCCCUGAAGUCGUAUAUACCUAAAUUCCUUGAUAUUACAGAUUGAGGUCACUUAUUAAUUAAUUUCCAUCUUGAUUUAAUGGCUUCAUCUCAUUCCAUAUCAGUUGAACGCGGGAUCCAUGACAAAUAAUCAAUUGUGGGUACCCGAAUGUUGAACAAAAAUUCAUAAAGUUUUUCCCACAACAAAAACAGUUGCAUUGUUUAUGCAUUAUCAUUGAGGGACACCAGUGUUCCCUGUUUCACAUCUCUUUUAUUCUUGGAGCUUUGCCCCAGUGGAGCAUUUUGAAUGCCCUGGAGAAUUAAUAUGUCUCCAUUUGUAGAGAGGGAGACCACGGAAGAACUCCCUUCUUCUCUCCACCUUUAUAUGUCCUCUAUGUCUCCUAUCCAGCUCCACUCACUGCUGUCCUCUUAUCGCUUCCUUUCCCUCUUUCACUUUGUCCUUGAACCAUUCUUUCCCAGUGGUCACUGCCCACUCCCUUUUGUACAUAAUGUAAGGUUAUUUAUAUUUCAUUCCUGUCUGCUGCCUUGCUUAUUUUAUUUUCUUCCCCCUUCUUUCUUUUUUUUUUUUCUUUUUUUUUUAAAAAAAAAGAUGUAUAUUGAACUGUAUUGGGACCAUUUUGAAAUGUAUUAGAGAUGUUUUGUUUUGGCCAUCUUUAAUUUGGUAUAAUUGUCUUAAGCAAAUCCUAUUUUUUAAUUUGCCAAUGUUUGUUUCUAGCGUUUUGUUAUUCAACAUUUGAAUAUAUGUAUAUAUAAUUAUAUAUAUGAUAAAAUUAUAUAUAAUUAUAUAAUGCCAAAUGGCCUUUCUAAGCAAGAUACUGUUCAAACCUAAUAAAGUGCUUGAGAUUUUAA